AUGGCGAAAGGUGCAGCGCAGUGCGGCGUCGAGAAAGAAAUGAUGUCUUGUUUGGUCGGCACGCCCAAGGAAGACACCCCGCUGCUCAACCGAUCCCUGCCGUCAUCGUUGCCUCGCCGGGAAGACAUGUCGGCUCAACUGGGUCAAGCGAUAGGGUGGCGUGAAUUGCGACCGCUAGUAUCCCUCGCUUUGCCGUUGAUCUUGAGCGCUGCGUUGGACCAUGUCUCAUCGGUUGUGCCAAUCAUGAUGAUGGGCCACCUCAGCGCCGCCACGAGCAAAGAAUACAUCUCGGCGAUUGCAAUGGGUAUGACAUUUCUGCUGCUCACGGCUUGGACCGUCGUAUGGGGCACCGGGUCCGCGAUGGACACGUUGUGUUCGCAGUCGUACGGCGCAGGUCAGGCUACAGAUCUCGGACUUGUGUUUCAAGCGGGGUGGUUGGCGGGCAACCUCCUCUUACUUCCGACGAUGGUUUUGGGCAUCUUUUGCAAAGAAAUCCUGUUAGUGUUUGGCCAGACCAGUGCCGUGUCAACGCUGGCAAGCCACCUCGUGCUCCUCAUGCUGCCCAUUCUCCCCGUGUCUCUGUUUUACGAUCUGCUUCGGCGCGUCCUUCAAAGUCAAAACAUCGUGACGCCUCUGAUGGCAGUCUCGUGCGUCAGUGUCGUGGCCAACAUUGGCAUCAACUAUGCCCUUAUGUUCCACACAUCGUUGGGAUACGUUGGCCGCGCCGUUGCUGUCGUCAUCAUGGCGUUGCUUGCGCCGUUGCUGCUGUGGCCGUACCUGGUUGGAAGCCCUGUUUAUCGUCAAGAGUGGAAAGGCUGGGACCUCCACGCCGCGUGGAUAUUGGUGCCAAAAGUACUUCAUCUUGGCAUCUCUGGGGCUGCCAUGCAGGGCUUUGAGCUGUGGGGAAUCUCAAUUGCUUCCAUCGUAGCAGGCAUGCUGCCAAAUGCUGAAGUCGCCAUCAGUGCCGACGUGUGCAUGCAUGGCUUUCGCGGAUUCUUUUACAUGCUGUAUGGUCCCGUGGCCGUGGCGGGAUCUGUUCGAGUCGGCAAUGCUUUGGGUGCCAACGACCCAACCCGCGCAAGACUCGCUGCGUGGCAAUGCGUCGCCAUGUGUGCGAGCUUGGGCAUCGUCGCGGCAGUGUGCAUGGUCGUAUUUCGCCACACAUUUCCAUUUUUGUACACUCAGGACAAAGAGGUCGUCCUACUCACGGCGCGACUGCUGCUUGUGUGCGCGCCGUUCCAAACCACCGUCGCCAUCUACGUCGGCAUCAUGGGCAUCUUUCGAGGAAGCGGCCAGCAAACCCGAGGGGCGAUUCUGAACGGCGUCGCAAAUUUGCUCGUGGGACUUCCUCUCGGCAUUACGCUGGCCGAUGCCUUCGAGAACGGCAUUGUCGGUCUGUGGUUGGGAAUAUCCGUCGCCUUCCUCCUCUGCGCUCUGUAUGGCUUUUUUUGGCUCGUACAAGUCGACUGGAAUGCCCUCGCUCGCGACGCACACGUUCGCACACGAGACACCCACCUCGCCGCCGAAGAACUCGACGGCGUCUAG